CCCAUGACAACUGCUAAACAGCUAAAGGCUCAACCUCAGCUAGAGAGUUUUGGAAUGUUGAAUUUCAGUUCUGGGCUUGAACACAAAGGCAGCGUGUCACUUGCACUUUCUUUAUCACAAACUGAUAUUGAUGAAUACUUAUUUAAUGGCACAGCUAGUGGAAACAGCAUUGCAGUUACAGGAGCUUCAUGAUUCUAUCUCCCUUUCCAAGUCUGAGAGACUGAUCAGAAGAACAGGGAGGUUGAAGCAAUGGCAGCUGGAUAGGUUUCCACCGCUGUGUUCAUCAGUCACUCACUCUCUGGAAAACAAGAAGACUUCACUGCACGAGGCAGUAAGAAGAGGAGAUAUGGACCAAGUUAAUACCUUGCUUAACUUUGGAAUCGCUGUUAAUUGCCAAGACUACAGAGGGUGGUCUCUAUUACACAGUGCUGCUUUUUGUGGAGAUCUUGCUCUAGUGAAAUACCUCUUACAGAAAGGAGCAUCUGUCAACCUCCGUGAUGUCCGCAGUUAUACUCCCCUUCAUCGUGCUGCCUGGACUGGACACGCAGAGUUAACCGAUUACCUUUUACAAUGUGGUGCCCUACCAGACAUUGUAAAUUACUGUGGAGAAACACCACUGCAUUUAGCGGCAGCAAAUGGGCACCUGCUUUGUGUUAAAAUACUAAUACAAAAUAAGGCUUCAAUAGAUAUCAAAGACAACAAUAAAUGGACACCAUUACAGUGGUGUUCAAUAAAUGACCAAAUAGAUGUGCUAGAAUACUUGGUGUCUCUUGGAGCCUCCCUGGAAGAAAAGAGCACCACAGGUAUGACUUUGCUACACUUAUCUGCACUGGCUGGAAAUCUUCAAGUCAUCAAUUAUUUGUUAAAUACAAAUGUGGAUAUCAAUGUGAAGGAUAUAAAUGGUCUUACAGCUCUUCAUCUAGCUGCAGAAAAUGGGCAUAGUAAGAUUAUAAAGUGUCUGCUAAAGAAAGGGGCCAUAGUGAAUAUAACAGAUAUAAACCAUCUAACUCCACUCCACCGAGCAGCAGGACGUGGCUAUACAGAGAUUGUAACCCUAUUACUGAAACAAAAGGCUGCUGUUAACAACAUGGACAUUCAGAACCUAACCCCUUUACACCAUGCUGCCUACAAGGGUCAAAAUGAUACGUCUUCCAUCCUUCUUCAGUUUGGGGCUGACAUUGAUAGCAAAGACUGGCUGGGGAAGACACCUUUGCAUCUUGCUGUAGAGAGGGGACAUUUUGAUGUAGUUAAAACCCUGAAAGAAUGGGGGGCUGAUCCUUGGGUUAAAACAAAGUGGAAUGAAACAGCAACAGAUAUGGCUCUGCAAAGCAAUCGAAAAGAUAUUCUUAGCAUAGUAGAUAUGCGAGGGAUGAAUUUAUGCUAGAAGAACUGCAUUACUUGUUGGUAAUUAUGAACAGCCCUGACUGGUGUACAUAUUUAUAAUAUACUUUUCACAAAACAAUUACACAUGUGUAAGUGAACAUGUGUAGUGAAUCAGAAACUAAAAUCCCUCACUCAAACUUUUAGCAUGAAUGAGUGUUUGGAAGAUAAUUGUAAUAUAAAGGAUUUUAGCCAAUUACGGGCAAGUGCCAAAUACUAAUGAAAUGUAACUCACAUUAAGGGGCCCAUUUACUAAACAAUUUUGAGAUAUAUUUAUAUUUUUUCUAAAUUAUAGAACAUUUCGCAAUGUUCUUCGUGGUUUGUCGGUAAAUUUCCAUGAAAAAAUCGUAGUUUGCGCAAAGAAUAUAAACAUUUCGGAAUUCGUUAAUGCUUUGGUUACACUUUCAUUGGGACUAUCUUUUCGCCAGGUUUGAUGUGUCGAGUGCCACUGAGUCCUAUGGAAGGCUUUCAAAGUCAGACAUGGAAGGUAUCAAAGCCAGAAAGGUUUUCGUGGCUUAACAAACACAAAAAUUUUGGGACUUUAGUAACGCAA